AUGAGCCACUUCAACAACCCCGACUCCGUCGCUACGAACAAGCAGGGUGAAUUUCACCCUUCGGUGAAACCUACGGGUCCUCUUGAGCAUGGCGGUCACCAAGUAGGAAGAAAGGUCGCUCCUAGCGACUUCGUCCCCGAAUUUCGCGCUGAGAGCCAUCCCCCCGGUACCGCGCCCGCCAGCAGCUCCUACCAGCCUAAUCCCAUCGGCGAGGUUGGUGGCCAGGCACUCAACCCUAAUGUCGAGCGCAGCCAUGGCAAGGAAUCUGUCAAGACCAACGCUAGCGAUACCUUGAUGGGCGCUACAUCGCAGGACGUGCACCGGGGUAUGGGCCAGCCUAUUUCGGGACAGACCAGCAACGAGCUUCGUCAUGAUGGACAGCAUGGACGCAAGGGCCAGAGUGCGGGCUUGGAACAAGUUGGAGCUAGUCGGGGAAUUACCUUUGAGAGAGAGAUGCCGAGCCAGCGUGGACUGGAGCGCGAUGAGGCGCGCCCUGGUCAGCGCGGUGAUAAGGGUGCAUUGGCUGCAGAGGAUCGCGUGCCGGAGUCGGCAGAGACGGCGGCCGCUGAGUGGAGGUAUGAGCCUUCGACUAAGAGGGACAACCCGCAUAAGCAUUGA